AUGCCCGAACACGCUGAAGUGGCGCGCAUAGUGCAUUUUAUUCGCAAACACCUGGUCGGAAAGACCCUCUCCAAGGUUCAAGCCCAACAUGAUGAUAUCGUGUACGGCAAGGUGGGCACUAGCGCCGAGGAAUUUCAGAAGUCGAUACAAGGCAAGAAGAUAGUGGGUGCUGGGCAACAAGGAAAAUACUUCUGGAUCACGAUGUCAUCGCCUCCACAUCCAGUGAUGCAUUUUGGCAUGUCAGGAUGGCUGAAGAUCAAGGAUGCCGAUACCUAUUACUAUCGCUCCGACAAACCAGCAGACAAGGAAUGGCCCCCAAAGUAUACGAAAUUCUUGUUGGAGACCAGCGAUGAGCCUAAAACUGAGGCCGCAUUUGUGGACGCUCGCAGGCUGAGUCGGAUUCGUCUGGUCGAUUGUCCCGCUGACGAGAUUCGCCAACAUACGCCUCUGAAGGAGAAUGGACCAGAUCCAGUGGCAGAUAAAGAUAUUGUCAAUGAGUCUUGGCUGAUGGAGAAGCUAAGGAAGAAGCGGAUGCCAAUCAAGGCUCUGCUGCUAGACCAAGCUAAUCUCAGCGGAAUUGGAAAUUGGAUGGCUGAUGAGAUUCUGUACCACGCCAAGAUUCAUCCUGAACAAAUAAGCAACACGUUAUCCGAUGGUCAGAUCAAAGAGCUUCAUACAGCUAUGUAUUAUGUCUUCACAACCGCCCUUGAUGUUCUAGCAGACUCUGAAAAAUUCCCUGAGCAUUGGCUCUUUAAACAUCGAUGGGGUAAAGGGAAGAAAAACCAACCCUCUGCUCUUCCAAACGGCGAUAAGAUCAUCUUUGUAACCGUUGGGGGCAGGACGAGUGCCGUCGUUCCCGCUGUGCAGAAGAAGAGUGGCACAGUGGGUAAAGAUGAGGAUACGAGCGACACCCCCAAACGAAAGCGUGUCAAGCAUGAGAGCGACUCGGAGGCUGAGCCGAAACCUGUCAAAAGCCGGCCAAUGACCAGCAAAUCAAAGGUGAAGGAAGAACCUGAGGAGAAAGCAGAUGCCGGUAUUAGAAGACGCUCUACCCGGGCACACAAGAAAUAA